AUGAACAUGGCUCGAACAUACAAUAUCGCUAUGGUCAGCGACUUCUUCUUCCCCCAGCCAGGAGGAGUCGAAAGCCACAUCUACCAACUGUCGACCAAGCUGAUCGAUCGCGGCCACAAAGUCAUCAUCAUCACCCACGCCUAUGAGGGCCGCAGCGGAGUGCGCAAUUUGACCAACGGCCUUAGAGUUUAUCAUGUCCCUUUUCUCGUCAUUUUCCGAUCAGCGACAUUCCCGACUGUCUUCUCUGCCUUUCCUAUCCUUCGCAAUAUCCUUAUUCGAGAGCAAAUCGAGAUUGUCCACGGCCAUGCAAGCUUGAGCAGUUUCUGCCAUGAGGCCAUCUUACAUGCUAGGACUAUGGGCUUGCGUACCGUCUUCACGGACCACUCCCUGUUUGGGUUCGCGGAUGCAACCAGCAUUCUAACUAACAAAAUCUUGAAAUUCUCCCUCAGCGACGUGGACCAUGUCAUUUGUGUUAGCCACACAUGUAAAGAGAAUACCGUCCUACGAGCAUCACUCGACCCUCUUAUGGUCUCAGUCAUUCCGAAUGCUGUUGUCGCCGAGAACUUUCGUCCCCUCGAUUAUCCGUCCUCUGAGACGGGCCAAGCCUUUGGGCAAAACCCACCACCGGCUCACCAUCUCGGCCCGAAUGAUAUGAUUACUAUCGUUGUCAUCUCUCGUCUCUUUUACAACAAAGGAACGGAUCUUUUGACCGCCGCGAUCCCCCGUAUCUUGGAGAAUCAUCCCAACACGAGGUUCAUUAUUGCUGGCUCUGGUCCCAAGGCAAUUGACCUUGAACAAAUGAUUGAGCAGAACGUUCUGCAAGAUAGAGUAGAGAUGCUGGGUCCUGUGCGACAUGAGGAGGUGCGGGAUGUUAUGGUUCGCGGCCAUAUCUAUCUUCAUCCCAGUCUUACAGAGGCCUUUGGCACUGUCAUUGUGGAGGCAGCCAGCUGCGGCUUGUACGUCGUGUGUACCCAAGUUGGAGGCAUCCCCGAAGUACUCCCGUCGCACAUGACCGUGUUUGCAAAACCAGAGGAAGAUGACCUGGUCUUUGCAACCGGUAAAGCAAUUGCUGCCUUGAGAGCAAACAAGGUCCGAACUGAGCGCUUUCAUGAGCAGGUGCAAAAGAUGUACUCUUGGACGAAUGUGGCUCUCCGAACGGAGCGAGUUUACCACGGUAUCUCUGGUGAGCUCAGUGAAGCCGAGUUUUACGGUUACGACGCUGCCAACGGUGCCAGCCGUGUUCGCUCAUUCGCACUCAUUGACCGACUGAAGCGGUACUACGGCUGCGGCAUAUGGGCCGGCAAGCUUUUUUGCCUCGUUUGCAUUAUUGAUUACUUAUUGUUUCUCUUUCUUGAGCUAUGGUUCCCACGAAGCCAGAUCGACAUAUGUCCUGAGUGGCCGCGAAAAUUCAUUGACGAAACUGAGGAUUCGAAGGAGGACUGA